GCCAUAGCAACCCAGGCCUGCUGAGAGAGGCGCAGCAGAGACCAGGAGUCUGCAGCCAGGCCCAGGAGUUCUGCAGCUUCCAUUUCUGGUCUGCAGGGAAGGAUUUCACCUUUGUAAAUGAGGUUGCCAUCCUGCAGGGAUGUGUGACGGCCCUUUGGUGCAUAGCUCCAGCAUGCAGUCGAAGAAACUUACAACUGAGCCUCCGUGUAUAACAGAAGAAGUGUUUGAAGACUACUUAGCCACAGAUGCUAUGCUUGUGGACUACUUUAAUGAAUUUUUGAGUCUCCCGACUUUUGCCCAACCAGUUAAGUUUAACUCAGACUUCGGGGUUUUUGAAGUAGUUAAUGACAUCCCACAACGCCUGGAACACCAGCUGAAAAAAAUUCUACAUGAUCAGAAACCUCCAAAUCCCAUUUAUGAUGUUAUAAGAAAAGCAAAGAAUGAUGGGCAGCAUUCCAAAAAGAUCACUGAUUCUUCAGCGUUCAGUAUUGAUCCAAAUUACAACACCAUGUGUCUUGAUCGAGAACAAGCAGUACAGUGGAUUAAGAAGGAAAGACUUCCAGCAUUUCUAGAGAGCGACUGCUACUUUGAGUACAGGCUAGCUAAAUUGAUAUCACAGGUGGAAUGGAGCCAGACUGGCAUUAAUUUCAUUAUAGAUAGCACCUACUACCCCUGGAUAAGGAAGGAAGAUGCGAGUACUCCCUCCCCUGAGGAGGAUGACACUUCACUCACUAUGAAGAGGUUCUAUGUAUCACUUGGCCAGGCUACAGUUUCUCAAACAAUGGAUUGGUUUACAUUAGCAAAAGGAGGCGAGUCCAUGAAAACUACGGAUUCAUUUCUGCGUCCCGUAGCUUCUAUUCAAAUUCAAGAUAUUCAGCAUUUGCCUGGUCCGCCUGAAAGAGAAGGUUCAUUGAGUGAAGAAGCUAGCCUUCUAGAAGCAGGCUCCCUAUCUAAGGAAUAUGACCACUACAGAUUCCUUUCCUCUUCAAGGACAUUGUUCACAGAAGACGGCAUUUGUAGGGAGAGAUCAAGAGGGUCUGAGGAGGGUUCUUCUAUGGCCAUUGCUGAGCCUCCUUCCUACACGCAGCUAAGCAUUUGUCCAGACCAGAAUUUGGAGGGUACAGCAAAAGAAGGAACAGGACAGGAAAAUGCGACUCUUCAUCUACUGGAGGAAUUAAUACCAUCAUAUACUCAAUUUGUAACAAAGGAAUCAAUUUCAGAAGUCACGCAACAGCCACCCGAUGAGACUGAGAGUGAUGUGGAUUUCCCUAACCAGCCUAAAAUGUCUGUACAUGAGUUAUCAAAUAAUGAAUUUGCCUGUGGUACUGAAGAGCCACUCUUAUCCCAAAGGUCCUCUCCAUCUACUGUCUUGGACUCCAGGGGAGAUAUAAGGGAACAAGAUGCUGAAGAAGUGAGCUUAAGAUCAAGCUCUGAAAGCAAUGGGGCAGACAGUAGGGCUGCUUGGUGUAUUAACCACAGAACUUAUGACACUGGCAACAGAAAUGAAUUUGAAAGAUUCAAGAAAUUCAUUAAAGGAACACUUGGUGAGAGGUAUUGGUGGCUCUGGAUGGAUAUUGAAAGACUAAAGGUUCUGAAGGACACUGCAAGGCAGCAAAGGCAACUUGAUAAAAUGAAAAAACUCUAUCUACUGAGCAGUGGAGACUAUUUCCUCACUUCUGAAGUGUUACUCAGACUUGAUUUACUACAUGGAGAGCAGUGGAAUACCAGGCAUUUAAGACGGAUUCAGCCUGAAGUAGUGAAACCUCUUCUUCUUUACUGGGGUCCCAGAUUUUGUGUCACUCAUUCAACAGCGAUAGAAACUGCCAGUGCAAAGCUGAAGUACUGGCAUACAUGCCAAGAGAGACCAAGGAUGGACACUGAUCCUUUUCCACAAAUGGUAUCAUUGCUGCCUUUGACAACUAAGUCUUGUAUGCCUAGGAUACCACCUUCCCUUCCUCAGAAAAGUAAGACUAGCACACCAACAACUUUAUUGAAACCAGACACAUUGGAUUUCAAUUUGAAGUGUUCAUCAAGAUUAUCAUCUGCAUUGUCAUCAAGACAAAGCCCCCUAAGGGAUGACUUUCUUAGCAGUAGAAAUUGGCCAGAGUCAGUGAGCAGGGACAUGAUCCAUUGCUUAGCUUUGGAUGAAACUACAGAAAUGAAAGACUUGGCUCAGAGAAGGUACACCUAUGCUGAGUUGCUCCCAGGGAAAAGUGCUGCUGGCAGUGUUAUCUUAAGGGGAUCAAGAAUGGAAAACAUGCUGCAGUCUCUUUAUCUGGAGAACAGAGCAGGUUACUACUUCACACACUUCUGUGAGAAGUCAGGGAAUAAGUUGUGGAAGAACAGUGCGUACUUUUGGUCUGACCUACAGGCUUAUCAUCAGCUUUUCUACCAAGAAACUCUUCAUCCCCUUAAAAUAUGCAGGCAAGCUCAAUUCCUUUAUGCAACAUACAUUGCCCCAUCUGCCAGUAUGGACAUUGGCCUUCAUCAGAGUAAGAAAAACAUGAUUUAUCAGAAAAUGGACCCAGCUUUUGAGGAUCUUUUUGACGCAGCAGAAGAACAUAUCCUCCUUCUUCUACUAGAACCAUGGAUGAAGAUGGUGGAAGCAGACAAGUACACUUAUGGAAAGGUGGAGUUGGUUGAAGAAACUCGACAGCUGGACUCUGUGUACUUUAGAAAACUCCAGGCUUUGCAUCAAGAAAGCGUUUCCAAGAAGAAUGAGAGUACUGUUGCUGACACUGAUCUGCCAUCCUUCCCUGAUGUUCUCAAAGAAGCUCAGCACUUGCAUCAAGCUUCCAAAAAACUGACAGGUUCUAAUUUGUAUGACCUGUUCCACAACAAAGAGAAGUUAGAACAGUUCUGGGUUUUUCUUAAUGAGCAUUCUGCUGGAAUGGAUCUCAUGUGCUGGCUAGAUAUUGAACAGUUCAGAAAGAUGCUCCACAAGGAUAAAGAAAAAAGGGAGGAAAAAUCCAAGGAAAUUAAAAACAAGUACCUGAACAAAAAAUACUUCUUUGGACCCAACAGCCCAGCUACCAGAGAGCAACAAGAACAGCUAAUGCAUUCAGGUGGAGGAUGGGGACAAAUCCUUCAUGAUCGGCUUCCUCCAGCGGUUCUGCUUGAAAUUCAGCACUGGGUCCAGAAGAGAUUAGAAGAACAAUGGCUGCCAUUGUUCCUGGCAGAUGAACAACAAGGGGCAGAAGGACAAGCAAAGGUAAUGGACAAAACUGAAGAUCUCCUAACACAAAAACAGAAGACAACUAGGACGUGGAAGCAUGUGGACAACAAGAGGGUUUCUUCAUCCAGUGAAAUAAUUGCUUUCCGCAAAGCGCUGUUGGAUCCAGUGACAGCAAAUCAGUUUCAGCGCUUUGUGUCACUGAAGGGAGACCUACUGGAGAAUGGAGUGCUCUUUUGGCAAGAGGUACAGAAGUAUAAGGAUUUGUGCCAUUCUCACUGUGAUGAUGCCACGGUCCAGAAUAAGAUCACGACUAUUAUUGAUUGCUUUAUCAAUUCCACCGUACCCCCAGCUUUGCAGAUUGACAUUCCAACUGAACAAGCACAGAAGAUUUUGGAGCACAGGAAAGAACUAGGACCUUACAUUUUUAGAGAGGCGCAGAUGACUAUUUUUGCUCUGCUGUUCAAAUUUUGGCCAAAAUUUUGUGAGUUUCGAAGCCGUUUGCCUAGUGACAAAAUUUUACUUGCCUUGGAGAGAAAAAAAGGAAAACGGAUGCAGACAAAGGAAGGGAAAAUAUCAGAGGAAAGGCUCACGAAGUUUCAGGGUAAAGAAGUGGCAAGCAGUGCUCUGGGACAUAAGACUGAUGUGGAGAGAAGACCAACAUCAUUUUCAGAUGGAUAUGGAUAUGAUGGAUAUGGAUGUGGAUAUGGAUAUGGAUAUGGAUAUGGACAAGGAUAUGGACAUGGACAUGGGUGGCAGGCUUCCUGGUCCUAUUCCAAGUACAUAGAAGCCUUGGAGCAGGAGAGAGUACUCCUUAAAAUGCAAGAAGAUCUGGAGAAAAAUUCAUCAUCAUUAUUUACAGGUACCUCGUCUAUGUCAUCUAUGUCCUUCCCAAAGCCUGGAAACUCUGAAAAUUCCACAAUUUCUCCAAAGAACAGUAUGACUUUGAAGAAACACUCAGAUCUUCCCAAAGAAACAAAAAGCAGAUUAAAAUCCCCCUGAGGAAGGAAACGCAGAGACAUUCACCGCAGGUGGGCAAGAUAGAAAACUAAUGUGCGUGCAAGGUUUGUACUUCUGGAGCAAAACCAACAACUUGGAAUAUUAUUAAGAACUACGAGGGUAGUCAAGGGUAGAAAAGAAACAUCUUCCACUGUAUUCCUCAUCAACAUGAUCAUGAUACUGUCUCUUGUGUCAUUUAUUUGUUUAAUAGUACACCUUGAGGCUCAAAUCAAUAAGAUUCCAUGAAGUAUGCACAGUAAAAACAAUGAUGUAGUCAUGGUACUAAAGAUCUUGAAAUCAAGCCAAGUUUUUCAGUGCCUAAUCUAAUGAAAAAAUAAAACACUGCAUUAAUUGACAGCUCUGAAGCAGUGUGUCUCAGCACGCUAUUGUCUCAGUACUGUGAUUCAUACAACUUAUGUUCAUCAAGAAUAAUCCACGAGGCGUCUGAACCAUCCUAAAAUCAAACCCUAUUUUAGUUUGCUCGCAGUCCAGUCUGAUUCCUGGUCCAAAGUAUACUUCAGCCUCAUUUCAGACUCCUCAUCCACAUGAAAGACUUAAAGCACAUCAGGACGCUGAUCUGACUGGUAACUUUUAUAAACUGUUAUUCCUCCUGUGGUAUUAUACACUGGAAGAUUUCAGAAAUUCAUAGCUCUUCAGUAGUAGUUCUCCCUUAUUUUUCUUGUAAAUCUUUAAGAGCUAUAAAAACACUGGGGAAGAGUUGAUGUUGGGGAGUUAGAGAAGGGCAGAGGCAGAAUCCACUGCUAGGCAGGGACAGAACUGUUGAGACCAUUUAAACAUCAUUCACCAGCCACGAAGCCAUUUGCUCUAGUCUUCUCUACGUGUGUCUAAUGCGUGUAAGAAAAGGAUAUAUCAGUGAGCUCCAGCUUCCCGAGUUGCCAACAACUUAUCCCUCGGUUAGGGGUUGGGUUGUCUUCUGCUCCUCUUCCCAGCCUCUUGAACAAGAAGGAACCUCUGUGAGCUGUCAGAAAUCAAGGGUCUUCACUUGAAGCUCUUAGAUCAUCCUGCUAAGGGCAACUUACGAGUGCUUUCCUCUUCAGUGUGGAGUGAGAGCUUAAAAGUCCACUGAUAGUCUUUUUCACAGUGAUCUGGUAUUGUACAGGACUGCCAUCAGAAGUUUCUUUAGAGAGGCUGGCAGGGAAGGACCAUGUGCACUUUUAUGACUGUAGCUCCCCUGCCCACACAGCCUCAAAGAAGGAAUGGGGGAGAUUGUCAAUUCAGUUCUUACUUCCCCACGGUUAAGAAACUGUUUGCUUCAUGCUUAUCUCUGUUCCUUCUGUGUUUGAGUUGUUUGCUCAUGUGAUAUCACCUGAGAAAGACACACUGGGUGGAAGCUACAGGAAGGGAGUAAAAUGUGAAAUUCCUAUUCCUGUUUUUCAUAUUAUCCCAAAUUUCACAGAUGCACUGAACUCUAUCGCUCAGUGCAUCUGAGGAGAGUGGAAUGCAGCAUCUUGCAGUGAGCAGAGCACAUGUGGUGCUGUGUGGGCUACCACUCAUUAAUGUGAAAGGCAAAGAAUCAUCAUGAAAUGCCACAAAUGCAGUGAUGUAUGUCAGUCUGAAAAACAUGUGAACAGCCACCUUCUGCUGCUGUGGUCAGUAGAGUGCAUGCAACCAAAUGCUGGAGCAUGGCAGUCAGUUUCUGUUUUGUUGUAAUCUUGCCUUCAUGGCAUUUUGAGACAUGUAGAAAAUGCUGGUAGAUUUUACUUGAAUCAUACUUAUAAAAUUAAAAAUAUCAUCCAGAUAUUUGUCAAAGAAUACAUAACUCCUUGUCUAUUUUCACCUCACAGAAUUAUUAAUGCAAAUUUACCAGACCCCCUGCACAAACUGCUGUCCCAGACAGUUACCAUGCUUAAUACCAUACACAUCCAUCACUUAGAAACAAACCAAAUCAAAAGCACGCUGUGUACUUCAUGUACUUCAGUCAGUGAGCUGAAUUUCAAAGUUCUGCAAGCAAAUGAUAGCCCCCAAUCCAGUCUGCAGAUGUCUCCAUGUUAACUGAAAUAAAUAUGCACACAUACAAUGUGUGUAUACAUUUAUAGACCAUUUCUUCAGCGUGCAACUGAGGAUGAUGGCAUCUGUCAGUAAUGCUAGAAAUAUAUGUCGUAUAAUAAUGCCCAUUUAUUUUUAAAGAAAAAUAGUGUUUGAGCAGGGAAAUACUAAGAGACGGGGAUUCUUUCAUUUCUGCACUACUGAAUCUAAUCUCGUGCAAAGGCAGAUACCCCAUUAUUGUUAUUUAGUGAUACAUCUGAAACAGAAUGGUGCUUUUAGUAUCUUCUCCAGGAGUCAAAUAAUGUGUACAGCCACUUGCAGCAGAGAGCCUGGGAACUGACCGGGUGUAGGGACAAACUGGAUGGCUUUGGUCUAAAGAAUCACUCCACGUCACAUCAGAAAGCCUGCUUACACAGCUGUUGCCUUUUGGCCUUAUUCUUGAGAUACAAAGUGAGCUCAGCAGUUGUAAAGGUCUAGAAAAGCUUCGCUCAGUAAAUCUAGCACCUCUCCCUUUAGAAAAAUAAAAAUGUAUUCCUAAUGUAGUUUAACUAUCCAUACAAUGGAAUUUUAGAAUCUACAGCACCGUAGGAGACCAAUUCUGCAUGGAACAGACAAUAAAAACAGCCAUAUUUUUAGAAACCUGCAAAUGUAGAUUUUUUUCUGGAUGGUUUUGGUUUUAUGCUUUAGUGGAGUUCAAAAUACAGAACCUAAUAAAAUACAGAGUCUAAUCAGACUUUUGUUGUUUACUCCCAAGAAAUGCAGCAUAUUGGAACUAUUUUGCAAUUUUUUAAACCAUCAUUUGGAUUCAUAAAUAUUUACACUUAGAUGCUAUUACUGUGUAUUUCACUUCUCUCUCAUCAAACCUGGCAUGUUUAUUAAAAUAUUUUACAGUCUUUGCAUGCCAGACACAGCUUAGCAUUAAGGGUGCAGUCUUGGAACUGAUCACUGAAAUACUUCUGAUAUCAGUGUAAGUUGUGACUACCCGCUUAAGGGCCUCGAUACGUUUUGCUUUGACUUCUGUCCUGCUACAGCAUGACACAAAGCAUCAGACUGUGAGAUGAAUUCCUGAAGACAUAUAGUGCUGGAUGAUGUUAUUGACGCGCAUACUUACCGUAGCUUUCAAGUGUGGUGACAGCAGUAGUCACCAGAGCAUUUAGAAAGGAGCAGAAUGCUUUCUCAUUUGUGUCUGUACAAUGCUGCUGUGCCACUGCCUCCAUAGCCCUCAUCAUCUUUUCUUUUUUGUGACUGUUUCUUAGGGUUCUAUCGAUGGGAGCAGUCUUAGACACUGAGCUCUGUUUGUGCCUUCAGUUUCAUACAGUGUUAUAAACCCGGGGACAUUUUCUGUCUGUUUUCUAUCACAUGCACCCUGUGAGAUGGCCAGCCUCAGCCUUCUAGAACUUGAGUCAAAACUUGAGUUUUUUUUUUAUGUGUGUGUAUGUAAAAAUGAUUGGAAACAGAUCAGGUGCGUCAAAGGUCUGUCCCAAAUUUAGCAAAUGUAAUCUUUGUUAUUUAAAAUGUUUCUAAUGUUAAAUGCUAGGCCCAACUGAUCACCGUGCGUAGUGCUACAAUAGCUGCAGCGGUCCGUCUUGAAUUUGACCUCUUUAAACUGACCCCAUUACAUUCAACUGAUGAUUUUUGCUUCUGCCUUUUUAUAGCAAUGCUUUUAGUCAGUCAUUGCGAAUCGCACCUGAAUACAGCUAAGGUGGGGCUAUAUGUUUCUUUUCUAUGCUUAUGGAACGGUGGUUUAAAUGCAUUCAAGUAGUGGCUGUAAAAACGUUAGGGAAAGACAGGUUUGAACAAAAAUUUUAGAUCUGGAUCUGUACUCGCAGUUCAAGCCUACCUUUAAUGGCCUGAUUUAGAACAUUCCCAGGAUUUCAGAGUUAUAAUUCACAUCUGUGUUUCUAAGUCCUUCAUGCAUGACUGUUUGAAUGUGCACUUUUGGAACAGAUCCAUGUCUAAUAGGCUAAAUUGUAGUUCCCAAAUCAGAAGCCACAUGGUAUUGCUAUACAGUUUUCUUUAUUUUUCCUUUUAUUAUGUGGUCUUAAACAAGGUUCUGUCAGUCCUGCAUGCUGGAUUAAUAGAAAACGCUGAAAUCUCCACUUUCUAUCUACCUUCUAAUGAACCCAUGCAUUUUGAUUUCUACUGGUGAUUUAAUAAAGCAUUUACACAAUGGCCACAAUGGAUACUUCUCCACCAAAUAACAAUUUCUCAGAGUGUAAGGGCAGAUUGGAAUUAGGCAGGACUCAUUAAGCUGUCAUAAUAUGUUAAGGGCAGUGAAGGAAAUUGAUGAGAUUCUCUCAUUUUUAAUAUUCAUUUAGCCAAGCUGACUUACAUCUCAAGCGCAGGCUGCAUUUACUUGGAUUUUCCUGUACUUCUCUAACUAAAUAAAUAUAUUUAAGUUUCACAGUAACAUAUGUGAAAGUGUUGACAACAACAUUGCUUAUUCCACAUGUUAAUUAUGUAUUUGUUCAGUGUGCCGAUGAACUAUGUGCACUUCUCAUGUUAACUUUUCAUUUCAAGUCAAAAGCAAAUGUAGUAAGUGGAUUUGUGCUUUUAAUUUGAGAUAUUUCUUUUUCCUCUAAAACGAUCUUGUACACGAUUCCUCUGUACCAUAUGAACUGAAAAACUUCUGUUGGCAAGAAGUUUAAAAAGAAAGUAACGCUCUCUUCUCAGAAAAGGGAUUUUAACAAAGCAAAGCAAUUGUGCCAUUAAUGAGAAAGUUAAAUGAAACAAAUGACAAGACAAGAAAAAAAACACACAGCAUCACACUCAAGGAAUGCACAGGCACACAAUAGCUUGUGCAAUAUUCUUCAUCUGUCAAAGCCAGUAAAUACAGAGAUUUCACUGGAAAUGUUCAUUAAAAUAGAUUGUGGUGCCCGUGGCUCAGUAAAUGCAACCAACCAGCUUUUAGCAUACUUUGUAUUUUUCACCUGUAGGCAAGCAAACAGAUUUUUCAUCCCAGCUGUAGACCCAAGUGAUCGGCGUUGCUUUUGUAUGCCCCUAACCCCGACUGGUUGAGUAGCACUCAUCCCUGACAAAGCUAUUUUGGGAAUAAAAUCUGUCACAUCUCUAGAGUAAUGUACACCGUUACCAUUUUGGAUAUGUAUAGAUGUGUGGAGGUAUGUAUAUGUAUCUAAAAAAAUCUCUACUUCACUGAUUCAUGUUCUUGUACGCACAUAUUUACACUAGAUACAUAUAUGCAUAAAGUUACCAUACCAGUAAAUUAUUUUGCUGUCAUAAUGACAUGGGACUGAAGCUUGAUGCACAUCAUCUUUUUCCUAAUAAAAUUUUCCACUGUGUUGCUUCUGUAUAAUUUUUUGAAAAUGAAUGUCUUUUGUUUCAUUAAAAUGAUUCAUUGUGUACUCGCAUUU